AUGUGGGCCGUAGAAAGACUUAAGGAAGCUACUACCACCCGUGCCACACCUGAAUUCCUCGUGCUGGAGACCACAGCACAGAACGCUGCCAGACGCGCGCAACCUUUCUCUCUGAAAGUUGAAUUGAGAGAGGCCCAGGAGAGAAACGCAACAGAGGAAGACCGCUUACUAGAUAGGCGGAUAACUGUGCAGCUGAACCUGAAUACUUUUGAAUUGCAACAAACAUUUUGGACCGCUCGUUUCCAGGAAAUUAAU